CUUUGACAACAUCUUGAACUACUAUUCACCUAACCUUACAAUUUGCAAUGUUAAACAUUUAUAAAAGUGCUUUUCUAAGGUCUGUUACGAACAGAACAAUUCUUUUAAAGGCACCUGCUAGUACAUCGAGUAACAUCCCGAAGAAUGCCCUCGAAGACAAGAUUAGCGCACAUCAGCAGAAAGAAAACGGAAGCGUUUACGACAAGAAACCGUUUAAAAUAACUCUAGAAGCCGGUAAAAAGUACUUUUGGUGUCUCUGCGGCAAGUCAAAGAGCCAGCCCUUCUGCGACGGUACCCAUAACAAUGUGUAUUUAAAAAUCAAACUGAGGCCGGUUAAGUUUCAAGUCGAGGAGACGAAAGAUUAUUGGCUCUGUCAGUGUAAGCAUACGGGCUUAAGGCCGUUUUGUGACGGCACACACAAGCUGAAAGUGGUGCAGGAUGCGACAUCCGCCGUCCGCCAAUAAACACGUUAUAUAAUGUAGUCUUUAUAUUUUAACUAUUUUAUAAUUACAAACAUGAUCUAAGUAUCGUU